CAUUGAUGCGGGACCCGCUGUAACGCAUUAGCCAAUUGGCAGUGAGCUCACCUGAUUGCAGGGAGUGAUUUUUAUCAGUGCCGCAACAAGAGGCCAUUCCAAGCGAAGAAGAGACACACGCCAGGCGGAUUAACGGACUGCUACAAAUAGGUUACUAGUGGGUUCUGGCAGAAAAUGAAGAAAAGUAAAAGCGUCGCUCUGGAUAGCCGUGAUCUUAAUCUAUUCUUUUCAAUGAUGAAAGGUUACGGUCCUUUAAUGGCUCUUGGGGUAAUUGCAGUGUUGUCUGUCUGUGCAGCAUUCUUCAUUUAUCGAGCUAAUAAGGGUCAAAGUAAAAGAAACGCCGAGAAAUCAGUGAUGGAGACCGAGGAGAAGGAGACAACAAAUCCGAUUCUGAAGAAGAGGAGAGUACAAAAUAAACACGUCGAGUCAACAGGGAAUAUGGAUGAUUCUCAGAAAACGAUUCCAACUGAUCCUUGUGAAAUGAUGCAAGUCGUGUAUCCACUUAAAAGCAGCCACAUCUCCACUGAAGCUCAUGGCCAGAACCUGAAGGAAGGGGGUAAAACGUCAUCUGAGAGCUGUGCGAGUGUGCAGGGAGUUCCACAUGAGUCUCUUGCUGACUACACCACCGCUCCGAAUGAAUCCUGUGCCUCUCAGACUGGCAGCCAUGAUCUCAUUGAACAGCUUGAAGCUGAAGAUGCAGGAGAGCAGAGGAAGGUGGAAGUGCAGUCUGAUGAGGGCUUGAUUGCUGGCCAAAGCAGUAAGGAAAGUCAGGAAGGGUUUGUUGAAGAUGGUCAAAUGCAUACUUUUGUCAAUGAAUCUUGGGAGGAUUUGUCAGGAUGUUUUGGGAAAGUCUGCCUUAAAAUGAGUCCUAGAGAUUUGCAUGAGAAGGAAAUUAGUGUUAAGUCUUCUGCUCUGAAUAUGUCCUGCUUGAUUAAAGAUGCAUAUGAAAAUGGAGACUCUGAGAAGAGUUGCAGGCCCCAAGAUCAGAGUUGCAGCUCUGCAGGCACAGUUGAACAUGAUUUCGCAUAUUAUCAGCAAAGGGGUCCAGACUCUCCCCCUGAGCAGUUGGUGAGUGACAACUUUUUGGAGGAAAAAAUAAAAACUGAGGAUGAUCUGACCUGGGCAUUGCAAACCUGUAUAACAAGUAAGGGCCCAGAGGAGUUGAUGGUCAUCCACCAGUAUGAUCAGGAAAUGCCACUCCUUAACCUUUACAAGUCUGACUACCUGAGCUUUUCCGCUGAGGGUAUCCCUGAGAUGACCGGAGAGUCAGCUGUGAUGAAGAAUGUGGAUGUGAGCCCUGUGGCUCCGAGCCAGAGCCAAAGCAGCGGGGACGUUCAGGUGGAGGAGAACAGUGACAAGACCGAGAUUAACAUCAUGGAGGCCACCAUGGAUAACAACGAAUGGCUGAAUGGAAAUGAGGCCCUUAGUGACUUCCCUUGGAUUAGUCUGAGUGAGGGAGGUGAAAGCUCCUCAAUGGCUGAGGGGUCUCAACAGGAUAUAGACUGGGACACUGAGAAAUCUGAGACUUCAGAGGCGCUUUCAGCUGCAUUCACUACUUCCAAUGAUAAUCAUGAUGAUGACCCUGCAAUGAAACGAGUGGCGACUGUUCCACCCAUGCCUCAGACGGUACGUGUCACCUUCUCCGUCCACUACAUCACUGACACGCCUAACCAGCUCCUCGCCGUCACUGGGAACCAGCAGGAGCUGGGAGCCUGGCGCAGCUUUCUUCCACUUCAGAGAAGUAAACAUGGGCUCUGGUCCGAGAGCCUCACCCUCCCAGUGGAGAGCCAGGUGGAGUGGAAAUUUGUGCUGGUUGAGGACGGCGAGAUCUUUCGCUGGGAAGAGUGUAGUAACCGCCACCUAGUGCUGACGGGGCAAGACGAUGACCUCCAUGUCCAGAGAUGGUGGGGUUGCCUCUGAAGAGGUAUUCUGAAAUGGCCUGUGUAGCUUGCUCACUGGAAACCCUACUCCUGCAAUAUGAAAAUACAAUAUAUAGCAAUAAUGUUAUCUGGCAAUAUUAAUGUAAGGUGCAAUAUUUGUAGUGAAUAUUUUUGUUUGUGGGGGGUGGGCAUUGUAUAAUUUGGUGUUCAAAUGCUAGUUAAUGUAGCAUGAGACUGAGGUGUCCUGGAAAAGCAUUGGUUACUCAAGAGCAGGUCAAAGGUUUUUGCACUGAACAAUAGCAAUAUUCUCUUCAUGCUGCUUGUUUGUUUUUAAAAACCUAUGAAUGUAAACGCAAAUAAUGUUGACAUGGUCAUUUUUGUAAUCGUCGAAACCGCAAGUCUUUCUCCAAGGUACACUGAUAACUAGUGGUCGUGUGUAUUUGUCUGCUGCUGUGUCUGCUACUGAUUUAAUAUGACAAUUAUUUACUUCAGUGGAAUGUCUGUGUUCAAUGUCUAUCAAUAUAGUUUAAUUGUUUAUGUCCAAGAAUGCAACAUUCCACUUUGUUCCUUUUAGAUUCACCUUAAAGCAGAUUUGUUUUGAAGUCACCUGUAUUCUAUUUUACAGAAUUUUUAAUGUUGAGAUCUAAUAUGCCUUCUCCCAGCUGAUCCUUGAUGCCUUUAAUUCCACAGCAAUAUGUAUAGGUCUUUGUUGUCAAAUGGUUUAACAUGUGUUUUAAGACUUGCAUUGGUUUUUAACUUCUUAUUCAGUUGUGUGUUCACAGUUUUUGAUCAUGUUCCACCAUCAGUUCUGGGUGUGGGCAACACGGAGAACGGUCUGAAAUAAGCCAUGUUGACUGUUAAACUUUGUUCCUAAAUCUUUCUAUUUGCACUCUGUAAAUAUUCACUAAUGUUCCCCUCACAGUUUUUGUGUGUGUGUGUCUGUCCUGACUGUUAAUUUUGUAUUUCUAAUCUGUACUCAUAAUAAUCCAUGAAGGGAAUUUGUGUUGUAUGAUUUAAGUAAUUUUGAUGGUGUAUAUGUAUGUUGCAAGAUUAAUUGAUCAUAUUAAAUUGUAUUUGAAAAAAUAAAGUAUUUCUUUCUUA